AUGACUUCCAAAUCAGCAGCAAAGCUCAUCCCCUCUGACCCAGCAAAGGUCAUGGUUUUUCGCGACAUCCUACCGAAUAUGGCUACUAUAAGCUCCCCCUUCGCUCGAUUCGGACUAUUCAAGGUUGGAGGUCGAGCCACGAUCAUCAAGCUGCAGACAGGUGCCCUAGCAGUCUUCUCGCCGGUUGCCCUCACAGAUGAUGUGCGAUCAAAGGUACAGUCAAUGGGCAACAACGUCAAAUACAUCUCAGCGAUGGAUAUCGAGCAUCACAUAUUUAUUACCCCAUGGGCCAAAGCUUAUCCACAAGCUGAAGUUAUUGGAGUUGAGGGAUUACCCGAGAAGCGCGAAAAGGACCCUUCAACCAAAGGCAUCACAUUCUCUCAUGUGUUUACGCAGUCAAAUAACAAGGACAUGAGAAUAUCGGAGGAGUUUGACGAGGAGUUUGAAUAUGAGUUCCUUCACUCUCACCCCAGCAAGGAGCUCAUCUACUACCACAAGCCGUCCAAGACCAUGAUACAAGCAGAUUUCAUCUUCAAUCUUCCAGCAUACGAGCAGUAUUCCAAAAGCGGAGAAGGAGCAACCUCUGGCGUGUUCACCAAGCUUUUUACUGGUCUCAUGAACACAAGGAACGACAUCACCUGGCAGAGAAGAUUCGUCUGGUACGUGUUGAGCUCAAAAGACAGGGCUGGUUUCUCCGAGUCUGUCAAUAAAAUGAAGCGCUGGGAGCUACAGAGAAUCGUCCCUUCUCAUGGUGAUGUUAUCGAGUCUGAAGCCCAAAGUGUCUUUGACAAGAUUACCCGCUGGUUUCCUGAAGGACAUGAGAAGAAGUGA